CACGAUUUGUUGUGCCUUUUGAAGGGCUUUCUCAAGCUCUUCGCGUUUUCAACAAGAAACAGGAGAUGCCAACGUAUAGGCUUGCUGAUAUCGCCAAAGACAAGAUGCAUAGAAUGAAUGUUAAAUCAGAACAGACAUCUCAGAUUCGCCCUUAUGUUGUUUGUGCUGUUUUAAGAGGCGUAACCUUCGAUGAGGCUCGUUACAAUAGCUUUAUCGAUCUUCAGGAUAAGCUACAUCAGAAUAUUUGCAGGGGAAGAACCCUGGUAGCUAUUGGAACUCAUGACUUGGAUACAUUACAGGGACCUUUCACAUAUGAGGCUUUGUCACCGAUGGAUAUAAAUUUUGUGCCUUUGAAGCAAACUAAGAGCUUCAGGGCUGACGAACUAAUGGAAUUCUACAAGUCAGAUUUGAAGUUGAAAAAGUAUCUAGACAUAAUUGAGAGCUCACCAGUCUUCCCGGUUUUAUACGACAGUAAAAGGUAUUUAGUGGUUAUUAGCAGUAAACCAUGUGUGUAUCAACUAAAACUAAUAAUUGAUGAUCCACUUUUGCAGAACGGUGCUGUCAUUGCCACCUAUUAUCAUAUCAACGGUGCACAUUCAGCAAUUAGCCUGAAGACAAAGAAUGUCUUCAUUGAAUGCACAGCAACUGAUUUAACCAAGGCCAAGGUUGUCUUGAAUACAAUGGUUACAGCUUUUUCUGAAUAUUGUGAAAGAAAAUUUGAGAUUGAGCCUGUUGAGGUUACAUAUGACAACGGAGAGUCAUACAUCUACCCUGAUCUAGCUGUCUACGAUAUGGAAGUUCCUCUCUCUUAUAUCAAAUCCAUAACUGGACUCUCUUUAGAUGUGGAAGAGGUUAUAAAUCUUCUGAAACGAAUGCAAUUGCACGCUGAACGUUCCAUAUCCAAUGAUAGUGUAAAAGUGCAUGUACCCCCAAGCAGAAGUGACGUGCUCCACCCAUGUGAUGUUGCGGAUGAUGUAGCCAUUGCCUAUGGUUACGAUAACAUUCUAACAACAAGGCCGUUUUGCAUAAGACCCUUGCCUUUGAAUGAGCUCACGGAUCUUCUCAGAUUAGAGAUUGCGAUGAAUGUGUUCACUGAGGUUGUGACAUGGAUACUAUGCUCGCACAAGGAAAACUUUGCUUUGUUAAAUAGAGAAGAUUACAAUUCAGCUUGUAUAGUUUCGAACCCACGGUCUGCUGAUUUUGAGGUAGUGAGAACGAGGUUAAUGCAUGGAUUACUAAAGACAGUUGGUUCUAACAAAGACCACCCUAAACCUAUCAAGAUUUUUGAGAUAAGUGAUGUGACCUUAUUGGAUGAAACAAAAGAUGUUGGUGCGUCGAAUCGCCGCCAUCUUACUGCACUACACUGUGGUGCUACUUCUGGAUUUGAGCUUAUACAUGGUCUAGUCGAUAGAAUCAUGGAAGUUAUGGGAGUUCCGUUUGUACCAAACGGUGACAAUACCGGGUACCAUAUAAACCGCUCUGAAGAACCUGAGUAUUUACCUGGUAGACAAGCUAGCAUCAUUUACAAAGGGAAACCUAUUGGUAACUUUGGAAUCGUGCAUCCUCAGGUUUUGAACAACUUUGACAUCACUGAUCCAUGUUCUUUCGUGGAGAUGGACGUCGAAGCUCUUCUUUAA